GGUGUUCUUCUUUUGGAGGUGUUUCACCUCCUUUGGUGUUCUCACUUCCCAUUUGGGUGCAGCAGGGCUGGGAAUGGUGGAGAGACAGUAAGUGCAAGCUCCAUUCCUGAGGAUUUAUUUUUAGAGCCACGAUGUUACACCUACUUUUAUGGAGAGGUCCCUAGUGUGGAGGUGUAUUCAUCUGCAGUGCACAGAUCUCUUUAUGUGGAUAGUAUGUCUUGGAAUAACCAUAUGCUGAGAUGCACAAUUCAGUUGAUGUCUUUCAGCAUGUUAACUUGGUUAUUUCAGACUUGCUGCAAAUUCAGGCAAACGCCUGUGAGUUGAGUAUGCAUAUGUAUAGAUUUGUAUACAUAUACCUCUGUAUAUGUAACUUAAAAACUUUAGCAUGAGGCUUAGAAGAUGAUUCUUUUUCAAAGGAAAACGGAGGUUCUGCUUUCAUCUCAGGGCAUGUUUUUCUGUCACUGUUAAGGGUCAGUAAAGCCAAUGAUGUAAUCCGAUCCUGAAAUCCACUUCUGUCUUAGGGAUUGUUCUGCUCCCAACUCUUUCCAGUUCCAACUGUGGAACUCGGAAUGAGUUUUAAACAUCUAUUUUGAUUUUUUUAAUGUUAUUUUUAAAUUGAUGAAUAGGCAAGGCAGGAGCAAAGAAGAGUUUGUAAAAUGUUGGAGGAGUGUUUUUGCUUGUUUGUUUUGUACUUUUCCAGCAAGUGGUAGAAGACACUUGAGUACUACUGAAGACCAUCAUUUUUAUUUCUGCUAUCACACAACAAGCAAUAAAAUUACCUACUGUUUUCCAGCUGUUGAAUCAGCUAGGAAUAAUUGCUUUUAUAAUGUUAUGAAGGUGUUUUGUACUGUGUAUCUACCCUAAGUUCAUUGCUGAAUGUUUUUGAUGCAGAUACUAUAAGUUUGAUUGUGCAGAGAUUUGAAGGAGGUUUUUGAAGAAAAGGUGCAGAGACGGCUAAAGUUUUGCAUGUCAAUAGCCCACCUGUUUUUAUUCUUUUCUGUUGAAAAAAUCUUUUUGAAGUUGUUUUUCCUUUUCUUCUCAGAAUAUACAUCUUUGUUAAAUUGUGGCAUUAAAAAUGCUCCAAAACAUGGAGAUAACAUUUGGAGUGUUAAAUCAGCUGUGGCUAUGGAAUUGUGGUGCUUGGAUUAAACAGAUCUCAUGCCAAGAAUGCACUUAACAAAAAUCUUUUAAAAAUGAUGUCAAAAGCUGUGGAUGCUUUGAAAUCUGAUAAGAAAGUACGUACUGUUAUAUUCCGGAGUGAAGUUCCAGGGAUAUUCUGUGCUGGUGCUGACCUUAAAGAAAGAGCAAAAAUGCACUCAAGUGAAGUUAGUUCUUUUGUCUCAAAAGCAAGAGCAACUAUUAAUGAAAUGGCUAAUCUGCCUGUACCUACUAUUGCUGCAAUAGAUGGAACUGCGUUAGGUGGUGGCCUAGAACUUGCAUUAGCUUGUGAUAUAAGAGUGGCAGCCUCUUCUGCUAAAAUGGGCCUAGUUGAAACAAAGCUGGCAAUCAUUCCAGGUGCAGGGGGGACACAGAGAUUACCUCGCACCAUUGGAGUGUCUUUGGCAAAAGAACUAAUCUUCUCUGCGCGUAUUGUAGAUGGUGAGGAAGCAAAAUCAAUAGGAUUGAUUAGCCAUGUGGUAGAACAGAAUGAAGCAGGGGAUGCUGCAUACAGAAGAGCAUUGGCUCUGGCAAGAGAAUUUUUACCUCAGGGACCAGUAGCAAUGAGAGUUGCAAAACUGGCCAUCAAUCAGGGAAUGGAGGUCGACUUAGUAACAGGUUUAGCAAUUGAAGAAGCUUGUUAUGCUCAGACUAUUCCAACAAAGGAUAGAAUUGAAGGUCUUCUUGCAUUUAAGGAGAAGAGACCUCCUCGCUACAAGGGAGAAUAAAAGAAGCUCAUGCCUUUAAAAUACAAGGGGAUAAAAGUACUGCUGUGAGGACCAUUAAGGUGCACUUUGCAUCUGCACCUGGAAUAUCACAACCACCAAAGUAAAAGCAAAUCAUACCAAUGUUAAAUUUUGAAUGUGUCCAUACUUGUACUGGGCCCAGAUGGAAAUGUGUGUUGACUCAUGCUCAUUACACUUUCUGAAGGCUGAUCUGUGUAUUGGCAAGGUAACAUGUUCAUGCAGCAUUUUUAAAACUUCAUAUGUAUGAAACAUACCAUUCCACAGUUCAAAAAGCUCUGUAAAUUCUUUAUAUAGACAAAACCUGUAUGUGCUGUUAAGAUAAACCUGCUGUAUCAUUUUAUCAAAAAAAGUGACUACCAAAAAUAAGAAAUCAUACCAAAUAUUCAUUAAAAUGAUUCUGUGUAUCAGUAAAAGUAAUAUUUGAGUAUUCUACCAGAAUAUGUACAUUAUUAAUAAAGCUAAAGGAAAUGAAAAGGAUUAUUGUUUGGAAAAUGUUAAGCUUUAUUUGUCUGACUUACACUAUUCUAAGUAUAUCUAAAUUAACUUUAGCACAUAAUGGUGUCCUUUUG